AUGAAGAAUGUUCGUGAACAUAACCUCGAAGGAGGCGCUAACAACAGCGAAUUGGAUAAGGAUACUGACAGAAGCAACUUAAAUAGCAGUGUGCUCAAAGCUGACGGUGCAAUGUCUGACCUGAUGAUUAGGGGAACAGAAGAUUUUCGUGUUCCAGAUUAUUUCAACUUUGCUGACGUUAUAGACGAGUGGGCGCCAAAAGAAGAGGAGGGCAAAAGACAAAGUGAACAUCCAGCUCUGUGGUGGAUUGAUGGUGUUGGAAACGAGGUUAAGUGGACUUUUGAAGAUGUUGCUGUAAACUCUAAAAAAGCUGCUAAUGUUCUGUCUACGGCGGCUGACAUCAAACCUGGAGAUCGUGUGAUGGUGAUAUUACCAGCAAUUCCAGAAUAUUGGCUGAUACAGGCGGCUUGUUUGAGAACAGGCGGUGUAUUCUUAAUAAUGCCGACAAAUGUUGGUCCAAAAGAACUUCACCGAAGAAUCUUAAAGUCAAAACCAGUGUGUGUAGUGGCAGCACCUUGUGAUCAGGUCAAUGAUGAAUUGCUGAAUGUGGUAGAUGAGGUUUUCCGCUCUGCAGAGGUCGAGAUAAGAAGCAGAAUUCUGGUGAACAGAAUGAAAUAUGAAGAAAGGCGAGGAGGUUGGCUCUCAUUUGAAGAUCACUUUCAAAAAGCAAGUGCUGUUUAUCAAUCUGUGAAGUCUCAAAGCUCUGCUCCUGUCAACAUAUACCACACCAGUGGAACAACCGGGAAUUCUAAGAUGGUGGAACAUUCACAAGCAAGCACAGGCCUGGGUAGUGGUGGAAUGAAAAAAUCUUUCUUCAUGGAAUCUGACUUAAUCUGGACUGCUUCCCCAACUGGUUGGCCAGUUCUCUCUAUCAACAGUUUCUUCUCGACCUGGUCUGUUGGCGCUGGCACGUUUGUUCAUUACGCUGCAUUUCCGACCGCCCGUGAAGCACUGGAGACCCUUCAGAAGUAUCCAAUUACUGACGCACAAUUUAGCUCUUCACUUUACAUGAAAGCCUUAGACGAAGGGGAUCUCAAAAGCCUUACCUUCCCGAAAUUAAAACGCUGUUUCGUGGCUGGAGAACCAGCGAACAAGCAUUUGAUCCGCAGAUGGAAAGAGGAAACAGGGAUAGAACUUUGGAACUACUAUGGUCAAACGGAAAUGAACACCAUGACUUUUCCAAGAGAACCUGGUGAUGAUUCUCGUCUCGAUUCAGUCGGAAAACCUCUUGCAGGAAUCGAUAUGCUGAUUGUUGAUGAUGAAUAUAAUGAAGUACCUCCAGGUACACAAGGCAGAGUUGUUGUUCGUGUGCAGCCUUAUUGCCCGGUGGGAAUGUUCACUCGUUAUGUGGAUAAUCCAGAGAAGACUGAGUCAUGUUUCUGUGGAGAUUUCUUCAUCACUGGUGAUUUGGGCCGAAUGGACAGAGACGGUUAUUUCUGGAUCGUUGGAAGAACUGACGACGUUUUCAUUAUCGACGGAUGCAACAUUAUCCCCGGUGAUGUAGAAAACUGUCUUAAAGAACAUCCGGCUGUUUUGAAUUGCGUUGUGGUCAGCAUCUCUCAUCUUUAUAGACAGAUCAUGAAAGCUUUCGUUGUGUUAUCAAGUGGCUUCCAAAAUGAAAACCAAGACCAUUUGAUCAAAACGCUACAACAUCAUGUGACACAUAAUAGUGGAUCCUGGAUGUGUCCAGAGGAGAUGAAAUUCGUUGAUGAUCUUCCAAAGACUGCUACAGGCAAGGUUGACAGACGAAGGCUGCAAUUGGCUGAUUGGUGAAAAACUAUCCAAGGAAAAAUCGUUGCAAACCUAAGUGAGAUGGGACCUUAAUUAGGACUGUGACUCUGCAUCACGAGAAAUAUUUUAAUUAGUGUAUUGCUUUACACACUAGUAUACCUAUAUGAUAUUCCAAGGAGGCAGCGCAGCCGAGUAUUCAGUAGGAAGAUGUGACAAAUAACUAUUUGCUGCCGACUAAAAUUUUCUUUCAAUUUUUCUUUGCUAAGUGAAAUUGUCACUUCAUGAACUCUUUCGACAAGCGCCUAUCACGUGACCUCCAUAAUCGUAUAUUCAUGCGUUUUACAACCUUAAUGUGGUUUGCUGGCAAUGAUGUUCUGUUUUUGAGCGUUUUUCUUUUCCAUGCUCCUCUAUGAAAGUGAAAGUGAUUCUCAAGUAUAAUUGAUGUAGUGAUUUAAUCAAACUUAGAAGCGGAGCUGCUUACGUUCGUUACUCUCCUCUCAGGUCCGAGCUAUUGAAUUAAGCCCUGUUGGACACGGUCGUAUUUGAAUGCGUGACUUAGAGAAAAUCCUCGUGUUGUGAGAUUUUUUUUUUUCUUCCCUCAAAUUUUUUUUAAAAUCUUACUUUUUCUACACUCAGUAAGCUUUAACCCUCUCUGCUGGACAGUAUUCUCUUAACGCAUGAUGUUGAUCGCACCAAGCGAAGUUGUCAAUGCUGACAGUUGUCAAGUUCUUCCCUUCCUUGCUUAGAGGUACUUGGUUUGAAACCAGCUAAUAUGUAGUCGCCAUAGGGUUCAAUAAAGAGAUAAAUGAAGAACAAAGCAGUAUUUUAAAACGUUUGAAUAUUUUUUCCAUUUCAUUGGAUGGAUUACUUGCUGAAAAGUGAGCUGUAUGUUCCUAUGUUUGUAAAGGAUUCUCUUUCUUGUUUAUUUGAAAUAAA